GACAAUGUUACGUCUUUUCCUCAAACGCUUGAAGCUCUUGGUCAGCUGACUGAAGAUCUAAAAUGCUCAAAGUGCUCUGUAUUGAGUGAAGGCUUGUAUUCUGCAGGUGUAUGUGAGCAUAUGUUAUGCAGUGAGUGCAGCGAGAAUCACCUGGGAAACGACUGUCCACUCUGUGGCUUGCCCACCCAUGUGAAGGACGCCCAGGUGAACCGUCAGCUGUCUAACAUGGUCAGGCUGUGCCGGGAGCUGAGGGGAUUGGUCACUGCAACGGGACCCCUAAAAGAUGAGGGAUAUAUGGAAACAAGGUUGAGAAAUGGUUGUCAUGGGAACGUCACUAACGGUAACAGUCUACAGUCAGUAUAUGACUUUACAUGUACCCCAGUCCGUGCCUCUAAAAACAGAGGAGGUCAGCGUAACAGACGGCCGGUCAACUACUGUGAAAUGGAGACGUCAGAAUUAAACGAAAAUGAAACAAGCCUGCCCAAUCAAAGAACUCCACAAAACAGUUCCAUAAGGGCAGCGAAUAGAGGACGGUCGAAUAGUUCAUAUAGACCUCGAACAGGACAAAAAUGGCGAUCUUCAAGUGGACUGUUUCAAACAACAAUGACUCAGCUAUUUGAUGAUGUGUCUGAAAAUCAUAAUCCUGUAACUCCAAGGGCGAAAAGAAGGGAUGGGAAAGUCCUGAAAACUCCUGUCAGAUCAAAAUCACAAACCCCUAGACAAAUCAGGGGGAACAACUCUGGACAGAAGGGGAGUCAACUUUGUAAGACCCAAGUGCAUCUGUCAAAUAGCUUUUGCACCAUGUCACCACAGACACCAUCCAGCAGCAGAAAGAGGCACACAGACCCUAUGUUAAAGAAAAAUGCAAAAGGGGAGACUCCACUUCAUGUUGCUGUCAUAAAGGGUGAUGUGGAGCGAGUGGGAUCACUUCUGGGGGAGGGGGCAAACCCUAACGCCAGAGACAACGCUGGCUGGACACCACUGCAUGAGGCCUGUAACCAUGGCUACACGGACAUCGCAGAGCUGUUGCUGAAUAACGGGGCCUUGAUAAACACCCCUGGCAUGGAGAAUGACUCACCACUGCACGACGCAGUGUCUAACAACAGGCUGGACUGUGUCAGGUUACUGGUGUCCCGUGGAGCCUCCCAGACUGCCAGAAAUGUCUAUGGGCAGACCGUACAAGACAUUGCCAUUUCUGAAGAGAUGAAAGCAGCCCUUCAGACUCAAGUCUGUUCUUCCCCCACCCACACACCAACCUCCACCCCUGAAGCGGUGUUGAAGGAGUUGAGAUCACAUGAGCCUGUGGUGCUGCUAGGAACUGCCCUCUCAAGAGAUCAGAAAAUAAUUUUACACAAGGCUGCUGCCAUCUUGAAAGCCAGAGUGGAGGAAGACUUUGUGCCAGAAGUGACCCACUUGGUGACCUCUAGUAAUCAGGAAGGUCAAUGUCCUCGCACCCUGAAGUACCUCAGAGCCAUUCUCACCGGCAAGUGGGUACUCAACAUGGAGUGGGUGAAGAUGUGUAUUGAGUACAGUUCUCGUGUGUCUGAGGAACCCUUUGAAGUCAGUGGGUCAACCCCAAAUCCAGACACACAGGCCGCAACUAGGGGGCGCUCCAAUGAGGAACAUCAGUUGCCCCGUUUGUUUGAUGGUUGUAAGUUUUACUUCUCUGGGACGUUUGAGCAUCCUACACCUGACGUCACAGAGUUGAUCCAGUUAGUCAGGUGUGGGGGUGGUACAGUCCUCUCCAGAGAGCCUAAGCUACAGACGCUGGACAAAUCCUCCCUCACUGUGCCCUACCAUGCUUCACCAGACAGCCCGCUCAAGGAUUGUGGGAUAUAUGUUAUCCAUGACAACCGGGCAGAAUUUCAACCAAUAAGAUCACCUCACUUGUGUUCAGUGACAGUUUCAUGGUUAAUGGAUUCUAUAGCCUCAUUUAAACUUUUAGACCUUUCAUAACUUUUUUUGUAAUGUUUUUAUCUGUAAUAGGUUUUGACAUUUUCAUGAAAAUAAUACUAUAGAGGGUUUAGUACCAAGUAUUAAUGGGCUCUAACAAUAGCACAGAAACAAUGAAUUGUCUCCAUGUAUCAAAAUGCUAUAAUAUGAUCUGGCUUGUUCAGAUAUGCCAAUGGAAUUUUAGGACGAAAUUUCAUGUCAUUUUUUGAUUAUUUACUUUAUUUUUAAGCAGUAUAAAACAUGAAUUUUUAUCAGUUUUGUAUGUUAUACAUGUAAUUAUGUUCACCUAAAAUUCUUGAAGUGCCACUGACACCAUUGUUAGAAUGCAGAAAGAACAUAAUCUGUGGAAAAUGAAAUCUAGUAAAAUGCAUAUAUAUCUUUGUUUUAAAUGGGGUUUUCUUAAUGGGUUUAUUAAUAUCCUGAAAAAUGCAAAUCACUGUCGUUGUGUUAACACCUAGGCAGCCUUUUGAUGUCACAGGAUCAAUCCUGGGUCGAGUCACACCUAAGACUUUAAAAAGAGGAAGUUGUAACUUCCUUGCUUGGCGUUCAGCAUGAAGAGGAUAGUGCAACGACUGGUUGACCCGUAUCAGUAUAAUGGCUCGGGCGGGACGGCUUAGUUGCCUUUGGUAAGUCCUCUCAGUGAAACAGCACUAGAUAAAAGAGCGGUGGAAAUGCGUCCUGCGACAAGGAGGUACAUUACAUACACCUUAAGGAUUCCUUCGUCGUCAUAUGACUGAAAAAUUGUGAAGUAGGACGUUAAACUCCAAGCACUCACUCACUCACAAGUUGUAUAAUAAGAUUGGAAACAUAAAAUAACUGACAUUUAUGGACUGAAACUCAACAAGUAGAAGUGCCCAAUUUGUCUUUGAACUAAAAAUGCAAAUGUAGUCUGUCAGGUAUUUUUGGUAAAGAUGUAUCGGCCUUCAUGUAUUUAGGCCGUCAUUGCUAUCCUACCUGGGAUACAAUAUAUGAGAUAUCGUAUUCUAGGCCCAAUGAUGCAGCAUUGUCUUAAUUCAAAGAAUCUGCCACAAGCAAAAUCUUCUGUGGUCAAUUUCAGAAAACUUCAUUUAAUAAAAUUUCAUUCGAGUAGUAUAUAUUGUACCAUGGCAUUUACUCCGGCUUCCUUAGCACAUUUGAAUUCAGGGUUCCCAUGUUGGUGAAAAGAAAAAACCGUUUAUGUGGUCAUGAAAGUCAUAAAGUUUUUUAAAAAGUUCAGACAAUUUGAAAAAUUUUCCAUUUUCUGAACAUCUACACAUGUUCAAUCUUAUUUACUAAAAUUUUAGUAAUACGACAUAUUCUUCAUGGCAUGAUCAUAGGUGUCUUUUUUAUUUCUUUAUUGUUCCCAUCUA